GGGGCGGGGCGUGCGCGGGGCCUGGGAGGGCGCGGGCCGCGAUGCUGCAGCCCGGGGCCGGGGAGGAGUGCGGGGCGUGCGGCUUCGCCCUCAGCCUCGGCCCGGAGGUGAAAGAAGUAGAAGAAACUAUAGAAGAGAUGCUAAUAAGGCUGGAUGAAUUCUGUGGCAUGACUGAUAUGAUUAGAAGUGAUACAUCCCAGAUCCUGGAUGUGUCCAUUCCACUCGUUAAAGCCAAAGUGAGGGAAAUGAACAACAUCUACACCAAAAUUGAUAAGCUGGAGGCAUUUGUUAAAAUGGUUGGACACCACGUUUCUUUCCUAGAAGAACAAGUGCUUGAAGCAGAGAAGACCCAUGGCAACUUUCCUCACUCUGUUCGCAAACUACUUCAGUCUGCCACUAUCUCCAUUUUUAAAAAUAAGCACACUCCAUCAGCACAGCACACGUAUGACCUCCCAGAACUCUACAGAACUGAAGACUAUUUUCCUAUGAACUAUGCAGAUUUGUGUUCUACCCACAAGCAAAUUGAGAAACCCAGGUUGAUGAAUUCCCAUUCUACCAACUUUGCCUGGAAAGAGGCAAGUUACAACAAAAUCCACACUGAAGCACUGGACAGAUCAAGCAAAUGCUUACUUAAAAUAGCAAGUAUAAUAUUACUCUUCUGGUAGUAAAAAUGGACUAAUAACAGGCCUGUGACCAAGAAAUCCUGAAAAUCAGUGAGAGUACAUCUCCUAGUAAUAAGCACUCAUGGAUCUGCAAUUUAUUCCUACACAGGUCCCCAAUAUAUACCAGUACUGGUAACUCUCCUAAAGUACUGAUAGAAGCUUUUUGGGAUAAGCCCUUAUUUUUGUUCUGUAUUUGUACAGUGUCUAGCAUAAUGGGGCCCUGAUCCACAGCUUGGGCUUUUAGGUGCUACAGUAGUACAAACAAAACCACUGCAAGUUACACCUUUCAAUGGUCAAGCUAUGUACAACUGGGAAAGAUAGGCCAUAACAAAGUGGGAAGCAUCUGUAUCAGACUGUGAACUCUAUUUUGUAUUGCAACUUCAUUUCAUAGUGUAUGCUCCAAUUAACCUUUUAUUUAAUUUAAAAUGGGGGCUAUGGCUGAGAGGCUACAAAGAAGCAAUCCAGUACCAUUAACUGCCAACUACAGGUCCGCUGCUAUGGGACAAUGGGUUCUAAGCAAAGGUCUUGCUGGAAGAAGAGACUGUAACUGGUUAACAGAACCUGAAGGAGUUUCCACAGAGGAAAGAAGCUAUCUUUUCUGCCUUAAAUUGGAAGAUUAGACUGUAUAUAGGAUAGACCAGUGGUUCCCAAACUGUCAGAUUGCGCACCACCGAUUUUAAAACAAUACAACCUUAAGUACCACCAGCAAAGUUCUGUCAUAUAAAGUAAUUAUAAUAAAUCUGUUAACAUGUACCACUGACAAGUUAUCUGCGUACUACUGGUGGUACCCGUACCACAGAUUGGGAACUGUUGGGAUAGACAGAUCCUCCUGCUUUUUCUGAAAUGCUAACCAGACACCCAAAACUAAGAUCAGUGAUCUGGCUGUCAGGGCCAAGAUACCUAUGGGAUUCAACAGUAUGGUCCACUUGCCCAUAGCCACUGAGUACUUAGCCAGUGUCAGUAGGAUCAAUCGGUACUGGACAUAAAUGAAAGCCUUCUAAAAAUCAAUUACAGUCUAUUCCCUUCAAAGAGCUUGGAUCAGGCCUGUUAAAACCCUGAAGAGGUCUCAAUGCAGGGUCACUGCUGCUUCAAUGAAAAGUCACCCUAAAUAUCAUAAUUUAAACUGCACUUCACACAGUGCAACAUUUAGAGUCUGUUUCCCUGCUAUCUGUACUCUCACUAUUUUAAGAUGGUUAGCUGCGUUAGUAAAAAAAAUAUUUAAGAGAAAAAUUGUGUAACAUCUUUAAACAUUCCCAAGAACACAGGAAGGUGUGAAUAAUGCUAGAGCAAAAAUAGAAUUAUAAAAAUGAUCAAGAGAAAAAAUAGUUAUUGUGAAAGAUCUCUGCCUAUUUGUCAGAUGGAUUAACAGUGCAACUGCUAAAGUUAACAGGAGACCAUAAAUCUACUGGUUUUUGUUUUUAUGGACACACAACAAAAGCAAGAAAAAAACAAGCCCAGUAUGCAACUGAAGUUUAGGGUGGGCCCAUAAGAGACUGUUAAACAGUCGAAUCCUCUUCAUGAUACUGGCAGCUCAAAUUCAUCUUUUUAGAACUCCAUUUUUUGAAUCGCUCUCUAACAGACAGACCUCGAGUGACCUUCGGCUCCAACAUGCUACCCUUACUGGCUCUUUAAAUUCCAGAUGGAGAGACAGCUGCAGACCAACAGAGGCCACUCAAAAAACAAAAACAAAAAAAACACCCCCUAAACUGUUGCGGGUUGCACGUCCUCCUCCAUUAUGUUAAUUAUUUCCCUUUUAUUUGGAGGGUGAUUUUUUAACCGUUUUAGCCUUUAAUAAGAAUAAAUGCCUUCAUUAUGUAGUAUAAAGCUGUGAAUUUUAUAUCCCCAAAUUAAGGCAGCCAUGUAAUCCAAUCCCCCUACCAAUCCAGCAACCAGGUGACAGCCAGGAAACCAGAUAAUUACUUCUAAGCAAUGAAAAAAGAUAGGAGAGGGUUUGUAGGAUUACCAGAGAAAAUACAUAAUGUCAGAAAACAAGAUGACUAACUUGAAGCAACACAGAACUUCCCACUCCUCGUCAAACAGAGUUCCACGUGGUGGUAGUAUUUUUCUUUUUCUGUAUGAGAGCACUACACAUUUUCUCAUGCAGACAAUCCCAUGUGGUUCAGGGGCUCAUGCAGAGACACAGACACAAAAUAAGAACAUUAUAGGAAUGCAUGUGUUCACCACUACAAAGGUGGCAUUAACCACCUUAUUUGUUUUGCAGGAAAGAAGACAGCAAAGUUUCUUCCCUCCUCUAUCUACCUUCUUGCUUAAAGCUCCUCUUCUCUCAACCCAGAGAAACUGCUUUCCAAUCCAUAAUGAGUAGAAACACACUUUCUAGUUAAUUUUAAUAAGGUGGACUUUUAUAGAGAAGGGCCUUGCAGUCCAUCAUCUGUUACUUCCAGACAGACAUUAUGUAAAAUAAUUUUAUAAGCUUUGAACAUAAUGUAACUGAACAAAGUUUUCCCUUAGUUUAUAGGGAAAUCUGCCAUUUGAGAAGUGAAGUGUCCAUCAGGGAACAGCGUUUAUACCAUUCUGGUCAAGUUCUGUCACUUAAAAAAAACAAAACAAAACAGGACAAUAUUUUUCCCUGAGCUAAAACCUUCAGCUCGCUUACUAUUAAACUCUGCUUCUGAAAAAUAAAAGCAAAAAAACCCUUCAAUGUCUCCAAAAAGUUACUAAAAAAGCCUACCUUUAUGGUUUGUGCCUUUAAGGGCAACAACGCAUUAGUCACUAAAACUUACUAGUAAGGUUGUGGCUUUCAUCCAGAAAUACUCAAAACUUAUAAGCUAUCAGAACAUUAUGAUCUGAGAACUAAUCUUGCUGCCUAAGGGAACACAAAUUGGGCAAAUGGACUAAUCUCGAGUAAUCAUCUUGUGGCAAAUCUUCAACAUAAUUCCAUUUAAGUAUUACAAAUGCAAAAUUACACCAUCUCCUCAAAAUUAGUAACGUGUCACUUUAUGCCACUUAGAUGCAUCUAAUGAAGUGAGCUUCAGCUUAUGAAAGCUUGUGCCAUCUACUCUGGUUAGUCAAAGGUGCAAAUCUACCCUGCCUUUAAUUUUACUUCAGACUAACAUAGCUCACCACAUCUCUCAGCUCUAUCAGAGAAUGGAGAAUUACUGUAUGAUCUUCUAAAACCUGUGCACCUAAACAUUUCAGUGUUUUUAUCUUCAUAUCUCCAAUUAUGCACGCGAGGAGCUCAUUUGCAAAAAUGCAUUUUUAAAAAGUACAUUUUAUGCCAAUGGUUUUCAACCCAUGGACCAUGGGCCCCUGGGGGUCUGUGGAGCACACCUAGGGGAUCUGCGAAAGGCUGUAAAAAUGGUGGCUCUGCUCAAAAGGAAAGCAUCACCAGUGCUGCUGCUACUGCUCCAGCUCCCCCAUGGCCAGAGGCCACCCAAGUGCCAGCAGCAGGCAGCCCAGUGCCAGCAGGCAGAGCCCAUGCUGCGGCUGCUGCUCCAGUUCUCCCCGCAGGCAGAGGCCACCUGAGCACCAGCAGGCAGAUGCAGCUGGGCAGCCCCGCCUCAUCCUGCCGCUGCCGCUUCAUGUAGGACUCAGUGACACUGCAGCGCCACAGCCCCUCUGCUCACUCAGCAAUAUCAAUCUACAGACUGGAACAAGCAUGUGUGAGUGUGGGAGACACAAAGACAGACAGACAAAGCAAGUGAGCAACUGCAUAACAGUUUGGAUGGAAUUUCCAUUGGGAAAACUGGCAGUGUCUUGAGGCACUUAAAGAAAGCUUUAUUUGGAACAAAAAGAAUUGCACAUUUUUAAUGAAAAGUUGGGUCCUACAAAAUUGAUAGGAGUCCACAAGAAAAAGUCUGGUGGGGUACAGGGAUAUAUACUAGCUUAGUCUCUGCCCCAACUCUUCAUCUUCACAGCACAUCUAAUAUGUGUGAGGGUUUGACAUGGCGCAUCCCUGGGUGAAUGGUUGCCUAUGCAUGCAGGGGACUGUACCUGAUGGCUUUCAUCAAGAAGCUUCAAGUCUGGGUUUCUCGAGUAAGAGAAAAGAACUUUGAUGCAGCUGAAACCUUUGACAGCUUUCUGGCUGAAAACGAGCUGACACUAAACAGUGACGUGAAAAGCAAAAUCAAGGACCACUUGCUGGAGCUCAAAUCUCAGUUUUGCCAGCACUUUCCUGAGAUGGGCAAUGAGAUUGAGCACAUAUGUAACACCUUUGCAACUCUAGGUUCUGGCUGCCAGCUAAAGAAGAACAAUUACAUGAGUUAUCCUGUGAAGGGGGACUGAAACUCGAAUUCAAGCAGAAACCUCUUGCCCGAUUCUGACUGAAAAUAAAAAAGGAGUACCCCAAUCUGACAGAUAAGGCCAUUAAAGUCUUGAUGCCAUUCACCACCACAUACUUAUGUGAAAGCUAUGUACUUAUGUAAGAUGGGUUUUCAGCCUCAGCAUCAAUAAAAAUGAAAUACUGAAACAAACUGGAUGCUGAGGAAGAUCCAAUACUGAAAUGGUCACCUAUCCUAACAAACUUUCAUGUGCUUUUUGCCAAGAUACAAGCUCAAUCAUCUCAUUAGAAAUGACAAAAUGCUGUGUUUACAAAAUUGUAUAAUUGUUGUUUUAACACAAUGCUUGCCAAUAAUUAUCUACUUAUAUUCAUUAUACAAACAAUAGAUUUCCAGAGGUGUCUGUGCCUCCAUUCAAAAUUUAAGGGUCUGUGAAUGCAAAAAGGUUGAAAACCACUGUUUUAUGCACUAGACCAAGGCUGGAUCUUUAAACAUUUUAUUUCUAUUUAGGAAUUUUACGCCUUUAAAUAUCCAAGGGUUAAGUAUCCCAAUACUAUUCAAAAUGGACAUUGAUUUUUAUUUUAUUUUUUUUGAAGAAAAAUUGCCUAGCGGGGAACCAAAUUUGCUGAGAUUGUAUUUUUUUAGAACAAUUGUGUAUGUCAACACAAAAAUAAUUUUCCAUUCCUCCUCUCGUAUAGCUCUCCCUGCCAGUUUCACUCACUCUCUGGGAUCUCUGCAUAUUGUACAUCUACAUUUCACUUCUAAAUAGAAGAGCAGAAUAUACUAGCUGGAAGAAAGAGUCAAUCAAGAGGAGGAAGAGAACAAGGAAAUGCCAUUUUGAUAUCUAAGAAGCCAAAGUUAGGGAAUAAAAAAAAUGAAAGGACAAAGUGACAGAAUAAAAUCAAAUGCAUGAAAGCGAACACAAGUUCUUGAAUAUAGAGGUGCACUGAUACAUCAGUCCAUAUUAUAUCGGCACUGCUAAAAGGAAAAUAGACAUUAUUGCCAACUGACUUCUUUUGGCUGAUGUGGCCAAUAAUGUUGCUGAUAAAUGCUGCGUGCAUGUGCACAGCUGCAGCAUGCAUGCAGCCAGCCCAGUAGCUUGGAGAGCAGCAUCCGGCUGGUAAGUCUGCUGGCAGGGGAGGAAAGGGGGCAGAUCAAGGCCCCUGCAGUGAGGGAGGGAGUAGGGCUGGAGCAGGGGUAGGUGCUGCCCAGUCAGGGGGUACAGGGGCAGUUCUCUCCACUGUAUGCAUCCCCAGAGGAAUCACUGGGGGCAUGUGCCCCCCCAAUCUGUGCACAAGGCAAGGACAGGCUGCUGCUGCAGGCUGGGGCGGUGCCAAGCUUUUCCUGGAGGGCAAGGCUGGGCUGGGGCUGCACUCAGGGCCCCCCAACCCAGGCCCCCCACACGGGGAAAAGUCCAGUCUUGGCCCCAGCCCACAGCAGCAGCCCGCCCUUACCCUGCACACAGACUGUAGGGCCCAUGCCCCCAGUGGCUCCUUUGGGGGUACAUACUGCAAUGGGAGAGGUCUCUGCAUCCCAGCCGAGCAGCACCUAUCUGCCCCUGCUCCAGCCC